AUGGCCACGGGGAAGCCAUUGUCGAUCCAUGAUGGUGAUCUUUUGAAUGAGUCAAGCCUGUAUAGAAGCAUUCUUGGCGGAUUGCAAUAUCUCACUCAUACGAGACCGGACAUUAACUUUGUUGUUAAUAAGUUAAGCCAAUUUAUUAAAGCCCCAACAACAGUCCAUUGGAGUGCUGUCAAGCGAGUGUUAAGAUAUCUUAAUGGCACGAUAGAUUGUGGUCUUCAUAUUAAAUACAGUGAGCAUCUUGAUAUUACUGGGUUUUCGGAUGCGGAUUGGGCAUGUUGCCCUGAUGACAGAAAAUUCGUUGCUGCCUAUUGUGUGUAUCUUGGAGAUACUCUAGUGUCAUGGUCCUCAAGGAAGCAAGUCAUUGUGUCUUAG